CACCGAGAAAAAAAAACAACCAUCACAGGAACCACACUACAGCCAGACAGCAAGAAGCCAAGCAUCAUGGGUAACGGAGCCAAAGCACAGCAGAAGCGCGAGCGCAACGCAAAGGACAAGUCCGGCGGUGCCAAGUCGCAGCUCAAAGUCAACCAGGCUGCCUGCGACAUCAUUUGCACUGUUUGCCGAUCGACUUUCCUCAAGACCACCAAGCCCCCACAACUGCUCGAGCACGCUCAGAACAAGCACAACAAGGGCAUGGCCGACUGCUUUCCCGGUAUCACCGCUUAAGCGUAUGAUCUUGAACCGGUGUACGAAGAAAUGUUACGAUUGCAUUAUUUAUUAAAAGCGGUUUCCUAUUUUUGUUUAGUAGUGGCGUGGUGAGUGGCGUUGUGGUGAUGACGAAAUUAUGAAAGAUGGAGAGCUAGCGAUUUAGAUGCGGCGUUUAGAAGGAUAUACAAUGGAUCAAUUUACUCAUAAGUUGUGUUCAUGGAGGUGA